AUGGGCGACAUCGCCCCCGAGCUGCCCUCGAAGAGAAAGUGUCUCGGAGUCGACUGUGACAAUGAUGCGGAAGCCUUGCAGUGUCCGACCUGUUUGAAGCUGGGUAUGAAAGAUGGCUAUUUCUGCUCCCAGGAUUGUUUUAAGAAGAAUUGGGCCGAACACAAGACCGUCCACAAAACGGCUCAAGGCAAGACACAGGAUGGUAUCUUCCGCACAAUAAUUCCGCCGAAGGUCGUAUCUGAACCUGACCCAGUUACCGGACUUUACAAUCCUUUCCCGACCUUCUCCUUCACCGGGUCGGUUCGACCGGUCUAUCCGCUGUCUCCGAUGCGUACCCUUCCUAAGUCUAUCAGAUGCCCUGACUGGUCUGAGACUGGCAUCCCGAAGGGGGAACGGCGCUUGAACCGGAUGCAGAUUGAUAUUCUCGAUGCCGAGGGCCAGGGGGCCAUGCGGAGGGUGUGCCGUUUAGCUCGGGAGGUAUUAGACAUCACCGCAGCAAAGCUCCGGCCGGGCAUUACGGCCGAUUACCUAGACGAGGUCUGCCACAAGGCUUGCGUCGAACGGGAUGCCUAUCCCUCGCCCUUGAACUAUAACCAUUUCCCCAAAUCGCUGUGUACGUCCCCGAACGAGGUGGUUUGUCACGGUAUUCCAGAUCAGCGGAUCCUUCUUGAUGGCGAUAUCCUGAAUCUCGACAUCUCCUUAUAUCACGGGGGAUAUCACGCUGAUCUGAACGAAACGUACUAUGUGGGCGAUCGAGCUAAGGCCGAUCCUGACUCAGUCCGGGUGGUGGAAACGACCCGAGAGUGCUUGGAUAUGGCAAUCGAACUCGUGAAGCCUGGCGCCCUCCUCCGAGAUUUUGGCAAGGUCAUUGAGGAGCAUGCAAACUUUCGAAACUGUGGCGUCCAAGCGACCUGGGGUGGACAUGGUAUCAACACCGAAUUCCACCCCCCGCCAUGGAUCCCUCAUUAUGGAAAGAGUAAGGUGCCCGGAGUGUGCAAACCUGGAAUGACUUUCACCAUCGAGCCCAUUCUGACGCUGGGAAAACCUCGGGAAAUUUAUUGGCCCGAUGACUGGACUAACGUCACGGUGGAUGGCAAACGGACGGCUCAAUUUGAACACACCUUGCUGGUUACCGAAACUGGGGUCGAGGUCUUGACUGCGAGACUGGAAGACUCACCCGGAGGCCCGAUUCCAAUCCCCACGACCGAAAAGGGCAAUAGCGCAUAG